AUGUCCACCUCAACACCCACAACUACAAAGCUCGGAAACCCCUUGAACAUCCCUAAAUGGUGCNUAGAACAAAACUCUCACCUCCUCAAACCUCCAAUCAACAACUACUGCGUCUACUCAGACCCUCUGACCGUCAUGAUCGUCGGCGGCCCCAACGCACGAACAGACUACCACAUCAACAGCACCCCUGAAUUCUUCUACCAAUACCGUGGGCGCAUGUUGCUCAAAACCGUCGAACCUUCUGGCGAACACAGAGACAUUUAUAUCGAUGAGGGAGAGAUCUUUNUGUUGCCGGGAAAUACACCGCAUAAUCCUGUGAGGUUUGCCGAUACGGUGGGUGUGGUUAUUGAGCAGCCGAGACCAGAGGGAGAAGUGGAUAGGUUGAGGUGGUAUUGUCAGGNNGGUUGUGGGGGUGUGGUGCAUGAGGCUGCGUUUGUAUGCACGGAUCUGGGAAGUCAGAUCAAAGACGCCGUCAACAAGUUUGGGGAGGAUGAGGAGGCGAGGAAGUGCGGCAACUGCGGUGAGAUCUGCGAUGUCAGACCCAAGCCGGAGGUCAUGGAGAAGAUGAGGACAGGACCUCAUGCUUGA